UACGGAUUAGUAAUGAUAAUCAAAGCGAUUCAUCCGUGAACUCGAAGAAAUCUUGGAUUAAACCACUCCUUAACCCACCACUCACCUUCCACCACCAUCCCCCAUUUCCAUUCUCUCUCCUCCUCUCUCUCUCUCUACACAGUGAUAAACCAGAAAUUUUCUGAAGACGAAGGUUCAAUUUCAAAAGCAGCUCAACAGAAAUUCUCUGAACCUUCACAAUCUUUUCUGAACUUUCUCUCUCUGGUAGAAUAGAGAGAGAGAGAGAGAGAGAGAGAAAAUGAAGCUCUCGGCGUUGCAGCAGAGCUACACGAACCGGCGGAGCAACAGCUUCAGAGGAUCCGCGCCGUUGGAUUCGUCGGCGGACGGUUCGAUCAGGUCGCCGGCGACGAUCUUCUGGCUCGUGCUCCACGGGCUCUGCUGCCUCAUCAGUCUUGUCCUCGGAUUCCGCUUCUCUCGCCUGGUGUUCUUCUUCCUCUUCUCCACUUCCUCAACUAACAUCUAUACGUCGCCGUUUCGCUCCGUCGCCGAGCUCAGCGGGCCCUUGGACCUCCACCGCCGAGAUACAUCGCCGGGAGUCGAGUUCCCUCUGAAUAGGACGACGACGUUGGGCGUCACGGCGAGCUCCAGCAGCCGCGUGGUGGUCGGCCGGCACGGGAUCCGAAUCCGGUCGUGGCCGCACCCUAAUCCUACUGAGGUGAUGAAGGCGCACCAGAUCAUCGACACGGUCCAGAGAGAGCAAAGGCGACAAUUUGGCGUUAAGAACCCUAGGACGGUGAUCGUGGUGACUCCGACUUAUGUCCGGACUUUCCAGGCGCUUCAUAUGACCGGACUGAUGCAUUCUCUGAUGCUGGUGCCUUACGAUGUCGUUUGGAUCGUGGUGGAGGCUGGGGGAGUAACGAACGAGACGGCUUUGAUCCUUGCCAAGUCUGGUCUUCGGACCGUUCAUGUCGGAUUCGACCAGCGGAUGCCGAAUUCCUGGGAAGGUCGCCACCGGCUGGAGGCACGGAUGAGGCUUCGUGGAUUGAGAACUAUAAGGGAACAGAACCUGGAUGGGAUUGUGAUGUUUGCAGACGACAGUAAUAUGCACAGUAUGGAACUCUUUGAUGAGAUCCAGAAUGUUAAGUGGUUCGGUGCUCUUUCAAUUGGGAUUCUUGCUCAUUCGGGUGAAAUUGAUGAGUCGUCGGUUUCUACAACGCAGAAAAAGGAGGAUGAUGAGCAAAACCUGCCAAUGCCUGUUCAAGGCCCUGCUUGUAACUCAUCAAACAAGUUAAUCGGCUGGCACACCUUUAAUUCGCUGCCGUAUGCGGGGAAGAAAGCAAUUUACAUUGACGAUAGGGCAACGGUGCUACCAAGGAAGCUCGAGUGGGCCGGAUUCGUGUUGAAUUCCAGGAUGCUUUGGAAGGAAGCUGAGAACCAGCCAGAGUGGGUCAAGGAUCUGGAUGAAUUAGAUGGAGUUGGUGAGAAUAUAGAGAACCCCUUAUUCUUGUUGAAGGACCCUUCCAUGGUAGAGCCACUUGGAAGUUGUGGGCGCCAAAUUUUGAUCUGGUGGCUCCGUGUUGAAGCUCGCUUUGAUAGCAAGUUCCCUCCCAGAUGGGUUAUCGACCCUCCUUUGGACGUCACCGUACCAGCAAAACGCACCCCAUGGCCUGAUGCUCCUCCUGAACUCCCAGCAACUGAAAAUCUAGCGAUGGGAAUCCAAGAGCAUGUGGUGAAGCAUUCUACGAAGACCAGGUCGCCCAGAUCGAAACGGCGGAGCAAGAGAAAGCACGACACAAGAACGGUAGACACGCAGGUUUCCACACGACACGCUGAGCAAAACUGAGGAAAUCAUCACCAAGUACAAAAGAACCGCAAAAGCUGGUGUGUGAAUUUGAGACAUCAAAGAAUUUGCAUUGGCAAGGAGAGAAAGCCGAUGCUCUCACUGUGCAUGUGUGAACGCUCCUCUCAUAACAACCAGUUGAUCCAUAUGCACUUUGAGUCUGAUUUUCACCGAAGUUUCACAAAUUUUUUUUUUCUUUACCCUUUUUUUUUAAUAUAUAUAUUUUUUUCGUUGGGGUGAUUGAUUUUAUGGUCUCAUGAAGAGGCAUGUGAACAAAGUAGUCUUUGCUGGGUCUGCUGCCUUUGUAGGAAUUUGUAUCAAAUGUGCUUCGAGUUUUAUACAUAAAAUCUUCUAAGAUAGGGAUUAUAGUGUUUGUGUACUCUGUUCCUUUUUUUCUUUUUUUUCUUUUUUUGGUUGUUGGGUUCCGUAGAAAGAAAA